AUGCAUUACAAUCAAAACUGUGCAAUUUUUUUUAGUCGAUUUGCGCUCGGUGAAACUGCAAGACCUAUGCUGAUACGUCCCGUUGAUGUUAAAUGGAGCAUAUAUUGCACCUCAAUAUACUGCUAUUUAUAUGAUGGAAUAACGACACGAUCUAUUGAUGAGAGUGAAAUGGUUGGUGAUUUUAUGGCACUUCAAGUGCAGUUCAGUCUGCCCUCGGGUUGUUAUGCGACAGUGGCGUUGCGACAGAUUACGGGAACCGACAUGGGAAAGAAUUCCAUGAAGAUUCAUGCUGAAGCUGCUAAAACUGACUGGUCCAAUGCUCAAAACAGCGAACACAGCAUAAUGAAGGUGAGCGUUAAGAACAGGGCGAAUGGAACUGUGUUCCAAGUCGAAUUAGAUGCAAAUGCGACUAUUGGUGAACUUCGUUCAAAAAUCGUGUCACAUGUUGGAGAUUCGUGA